AUGUCUUCCUCGACAGGAGGAAUGCCUAUGUCCGAUUCAGGACCGUGGGUUGGUACACAACUCCAUGACCAUCAAAAAGUUGGUCUAUCAAAAAUGUUAUUCAUGGAAAAUGACUACAGGUCAUUGUAUGAAACAAUGAUCAGACAAGAUUCUUCGCUCAAGAACAGGCAGUUCCUCGAUUUAUCGUCUUUCUCACAUAUGUGGACCGAUGAAGGUGGAGAUCAAUGGAGUGAUCACUUCUCUCAGACUUUAGGGAAGGACGUUACAAGACCCUUGCAAGGCAAGGGUAUGAUACUGGCUGAUGAGAUGGGUACCGGCAAAAGUCUGAUUGUUCUGGCUCUUAUUGAAGCUUCAGUCGGAGCGAUAGAUGAGUGGAUGAGUGUAUCAGCCAUCUUGUCAGAAGAACCUACCUACCGACUUCCCAAGGAAUAUCCGAUGUCCAAGAUCUUCGUUGACAAUGCACCUCUGGAUAAUCCCGUUAUAUCAGCUGGCCAAAGCCGUUUCUGGCGAGAAUCGGCAGAAAUCGAUUCCGUUUGCCGAGCCACUUCGGCCACUUGUCAGAAAUCCAGGGCCACCUUGCUCGUCUGUCCUAAAUCGAUAGUCGGUGUAUGGGAAGAAAUGAUCGAGCAUCACUGGAAAGGUAGUAAUGCCAAAUGGUGGAAAGACUCUACAGAGGUACUCAGGCCUCAAAACCGCCCUUUGAUAGUGUAUAAUCACUAUGAGAAACAGAAAGAGGAGAAGAUAGACAAACUCAAGAAUGCUUCGAUCGUAAUUACCACAUACGAUGCUCUUACACUCAGCCACAGAAAGAAAGGGCUUCUUCAUAGAAUGCUCUUCUAUCGAGUCGUCUUAGAUGAAGGACAUCACAUUUGCAACAGCAAGACUCAGAGGUUCAAAGCUGUCGAAGCUUUACACAAGCGUCAUGUUCACGUCCUCACUGGUACUCCAGUGCAGAAUCAUCUAUCUGAACUUUACGCAUAUGCUAAACUUUUCAAUCUUCCGAGUGGUCUCACCUCUCAACCCUUUUUUGAGGGUUACAUCACGUCACCCGCUCUACUAGGGAACACCACUGCAACUCGAAAGUUUGGCGAGGUCUUUUCACUUCGAAGACUCAAGAAAGACCUCGGCGAUGUGAACUUGCCCUCUAAAACCGUCAAGGUGUUCUGGCUGAGUAAGAGAAUGCUCAUAGAAGCUUUGGAAGGGGUAGAAGAUAGGUCUCUAGUACCUUGGACCAGUAGCACCGCUGGUGCUGAAGAUGAUAAAGAAUCUCGAGCUGAAUGGCUCACUACCUUUAAGACUCGAAGAAAGCAUUGGUGGGCAAAGAAGUAUAGACCCAUCACCGCCAAAGAGUCCAUCAAGAUGAAAUGGUUCCGAUUUUUCCUCGAAAAGCAAGCUCAUGGGAAGAUUGUAAUAUUCCACCAUUGGAAGCAUACCGCCAAGAUAGCGGACAAAAUCCUCAAAGAAAUGCAAUACGGUGUCGUCUAUCUGAAGGCUAACAUGAGCAUCGAAGAUCGAGUCAGUUAUAAUGAUAAGUUCAACAAGGACGCGAAACGAAAAUUGUGCCUAUUGGCAUCAAUGAAGGUCGGAGGUGAAGGGUUGUCUAUGGUUGGAGCGUCAGCUUGCGUCUUUUUAGACCUCAUGUGGAACCCUGCUUGGCAUGCUCAAGCGAUGGACCGACUUCAUCGGCAAGGACAGACCAACCCCGUCACGGUCUACAUGCCCAUGAUUCGAGCUACUUACGAAGAAGAGAUUUGGCUUCGUCAAGAUGUCAAACGAGGCUUCUUAAAUCUGAUCUAUCCGAAGGAUCCACCUGGAAAACUGCGAUUAUGUGAUUAUCCUCCUGAACUCCUACAAUGGCUCAGAGAUAACCCAGAUCCUCAAGAAGAAGGCAACGAAAACGAUGAAGUUGAAGAUAUGGAUAUGAUCGGAGGUUACUGA